GCCGGGGAAAGAAAGGAAGACGGCUAGGGCGGCCGCCGCUGUCGUCGUUGUGGCGAGAGCGUGUCUGCGAGGGGUUUUUCCUGCGCGAUCGACUCGGGAUAGAAGCGAGAUCAAGGAGAGGGACGGGAGCUCGUAGCGGGGAUUUGGUCGUCUGCUGCGAUGGGUGAACCUCAGCAAGUGAGUGCCCUCCCUCCGCCUCCGAUGCAGUACAUUAAAGAGUAUACUGAUGAGAACAUCCGCAAAGGUCUCGCUCCCAAGCCUCCGCCGCCGAUUAAAGAUAGCUACAUGAUGUUUGGAAACCAGUUCCAAUGUGACGACCUCAUUAUCCGGCCUUUGGAAAGCCAAGGUAUUGAACGGCUGCAUCCCAUGCAGUUCGAUCAUAAGAAGGAACUGAGGAAGCUCAACAUGUCUAUUCUGAUCAACUUCUUGGACCUCUUGGAUAUAUUGAUAAGAAGCCCAGGCAGCAUAAAACGGGAAGAGAAGCUAGAAGACUUAAAACUGCUUUUUGUCCAUGUGCAUCAUCUUAUAAACGAAUAUCGCCCCCACCAAGCAAGGGAGACGCUGAGAGUCAUGAUGGAAGUGCAGAAGCGCCAGCGCCUGGAAACUGCUGAGAGGUUUCAGAAGCAUUUGGAGCGGGUUGUUGAAAUGAUCCAGAACUGCCUGGCCUCUCUGCCUGACGAUUUACCUCACUCAGACGACGCAAUGAGGAUAAAAACCGAACCCAUGGACCUUGAGGAUGGCAUAAACUGCAUUGGACAGAAUGAGCAGCAGAGAACUUGCUCUAGUGUCAAAAAGGAUCAGAUUUUGGAUAAAGAUGCUACCAUCAGCGGCAUUAUUGAUGAAAUGACAUGAAGAAGAAAGGGCUGUUUGAGAUUCUCUUUGUGUCACAAAGAGUUCUCAACUGAAACUAAAGCAUUUGGUAGAUUUUGAACCCCCCCCCCCCCAAAAAAAAAAGCUUACUUUUGAUGCUGAUUCUUAAUCAUGGAACACAUUCUGUAAGAGUUAGUAAACUUUGUUUGACAGAGUUGGCUUUAAAGAAAAGUUAAUAGACAAUUUCUGUUCUAUAAUAUGUUACCUUUAUAAUUGGACUGCCCAAACCGUACUGAUACUCAUUUUACUUGGGUGUAUAACAGCUUCUUGAAGGAAUAUGAAUGUAUGCUGGUUUGUAAAAGAAAUAAUGCUUAAAACCCACCUGGCUGUGAAGAUCAAUGUGCUCCUUAAAUAGCUGUCUGGAACUAAACCAACCUUGCAUGUUAUAGGAUGAACCCUGCUCUCUUCCUUUGACUGCAGUGCAAGGUUUUGCUGUGCUGUAAAGCAGUGAGCUUGUAGCUUGGCUUGCUUUUAGAGCUAGUGGGCUGAUUUAAGCAUAAUCAUGGUGGGUUGAACUCUGGUGGCUUGGCACUAGUAGUGGAAAGUAAUAUUCAUGGAAGAUAGGGCAUCUGGUUCUCAGUGGUCAUCGACACCUUCACCUACUGCAUCCCUUUGUGAUAUGUCCCAUACCAAACCGUUUGGGUGUGGAAAUUGGGCACCCUUGCAUGCAUCAGUGUAAGUACCUUCUGUUAGUGUGCUUACAGAAGUAAGUGUUAAAACAACCGAACCUUGCAGGUAGAAAGUGGGACAGUAAAAUAUCAGCCACAAAUGGGUGGCAGUCAUUUGGUUGUAUUUAGUUUGUGUGUAAAUGGGUGGCUUUCUUUGUGGGCUUGGAAGAGAAUGACAUUUCCCCCCCCAUCAAGAUGGAUCCCUGCUUCAUUCUGUACAAUAGCUCCUGGCUUCUAUGGGCCUUUUGUAGUUUUGUCACCAGAAUUAUAUGACUCUUGUAUAUAUAUUUUUUCUAGCCUGCUUUGUGUUUUUAUCCUGUAUAUUGGAUUCAGUGUUGUUUUGCUUUUUUUGAUUGGCCUUUACUAUUGUUGUAUCAUGAAUUUAGGAAACCUUGUUUUUUCACUUGAGGGAAAGAAUUUGGAGUGGGCUUGUAUUAAACAUAUUUCUACAAAC